AUGAAAUUCGCCUACGCUCUCGCGGGCGCUUCCCUCGUGGGCAGCGCCCUCGCAACCCUGCCCGUUAUCGAGAGAAAGGGCAACAAGUUCUUCUUCUCCAACAAUGGCACUGAAUUUUUCAUGCGCGGUGUCGCCUAUCAGCAGGAGUACCAGGCCAACGGCACAGCCAAGGAGAACUCCGACUACACCGAUCCCCUGGCCGACGUUGCGAGCUGCAAGCGUGAUAUCCCCUACCUCAAGCAGCUGCGCACCAACGUCAUCCGUACCUAUGCCAUCAACCCCACCAAGGAUCACGACGAAUGCAUGAAGCUUCUGGACGACGCCGGUAUCUACCUGAUCACCGAUCUGUCUUCUCCUUUCCAGUCCAUCAACCGUAACACCCCUGCGUGGAAUACGGAUCUCUACAAGCGCUACACCGAUGUCAUUGAUUCCUUGGCCAAGUACAGCAACGUGAUCGGUUUCUUCGCCGGUAACGAGGUCUCGAACAGCCACAACAACACCAACUCGAUUGCCUAUGUCAAGGCGGCCGUGCGAGACAUGAAGGCGUACAUCAAGGAGAAGAACUACCGCACCUCCCUCGCGGUCGGAUACGCCACCGACGACGACGCCGAAUUGCGUGCCGAUUUGGCCGACUACCUCGUCUGCGGUAAUCAGGACGCCGCCAUUGACAUGUUCGGUUACAACAUCUAUGAGUGGUGUGGAGACUCUUCCUUCGAGACCUCCGGCUACAAGGACCGGACCAAUGAGUUCAAGAACUACCCGGUCCCUGCCUUUUUCUCCGAAUACGGCUGCAUUGAGGGUGGUGCGCGCAAGUUCACCGAUGUCCCCGUCCUGUUCGGUCCCCAGAUGAACGAUGUCUGGAGCGGUGGUAUCGUGUACAUGUAUUUCCAGGAGGCCAACAACUACGGUCUGGUCAGCGUCAGCGGCAACGAUGUUUCAACCAAGUCCGACUUCUCCUACCUGUCCGCUCAGAUGCAGAAGGUCACUGCCACCGGUGUCAACAGCGCCAGCUACACUCCUACCAACGCUGCGCCGUCCUCUUGCCCCUCGAUCGGCACCAACUGGGAGGCCAGCGACGACUUGCCUCCUAAGCCCGACGGUGACCUCUGCGACUGCAUGGUCCAGACUCUCUCGUGCGUGGUCAAGGAUUCCGUGGACGCGGAUGACUAUGGCAGCCUGUUCGACUACGUCUGCAGCAAGGGUCUGUGCGGUGGUAUCGCUUCCAACUCGACCAGCGGCGAUUAUGGUGCUUACAGCGUCUGCACCCCCAAGCAGCAGCUCUCUUUCGUCCUGGACCAGUACUACAAGAAGAACAACAAGGCUGCCUCUGCAUGUGACUCCAACGGCAAGGCCCAGACCCAGAAGGCUGCCGACGCCCAGGGUACCUGCGCCUCUCUGAUCAAGCAAGCCGGCACUGCCGGUACCGGAAGUGUCACUGCCGGCGCGACUGGCUCUGGCUCUGGCUCCAGCGGCGCCAGUGCGACCUCCAAGGGUGCUGCUGGCGUUGCUGCCAGCCCCAUGGCUGUCAAGGUUGGCAACUGGCAGUUUGGUGCCUACAUUGCCACCGCUCUUGUGGCCGGUGUCGGUAUGGUUAUGCUUUAA